AAGAUGGCGCUGGACGACAGAGAAAAGUGAUGAGAGAAUAGAACAACAAGAGAUACAACUACAUAACAGUGUGCAUUUAUUCACCCGGCGCGACUGUUUCAAACCAGACUUCUGCAUUAUCUUCGGGCAACUGUCAAGCAUGCGCUGAGAGACCGCGCAGGUCUACAGAGAGAUAAUUAUCCAGCUAACUGUUUGCUUACUGGCUGCUAAAGUAGCUAGCGUAGCUAACGUUCGCUAACUGCGGAAGGCGAGUGAGCAGGAGGCUGGCAGGCAGCUCGAAGUGCGAGCCGACAAGUCGAGCGGAUUUUCCUAAUAAAAAGCAGGACCGCUCGUUACGGUAACCAUCGACACAGAGUUUGGAGCACGGGCGAGUUCACCCGUUCGUUCAGGAAACUAACGUUACACCUCUGAUAAGGACGGCAGAAAAAGACGAGGAAAGGCGUCAUCUUCGCUGAUCUGACGCCAUGGCUCAUUCCCCUAUUCAGAGCGGGCUGCCGGGGAUUCAGAAUUUCAGAGCCGAUCCAGAGGAGUACUUCACAAAGCUGGACAGGAUAGGGAAAGGCUCUUUUGGUGAAGUUUUUAAAGGCAUCGACAGUCGGACUCAGAAAGUUGUGGCCAUUAAAAUUAUUGAUCUGGAGGAAGCAGAGGAUGACAUCGAAGACAUUCAACAGGAAAUCACAGUUCUCAGCCAAUGCGACAGUCCCUUUAUCACCAAGUAUUACGGCUCCUAUCUGAAGGGUACAAAAUUAUGGAUUAUUAUGGAGUAUUUGGGUGGAGGAUCAGCCUUGGAUUUGUUGGAACCAGGUGCCCUGGAUGAAACACAGAUUGCCACAAUUCUCCGAGAGAUCCUGAAAGGACUUGAGUAUCUGCACUCUGAAAAGAAAAUCCACAGAGAUAUCAAAGCUGCCAACGUGUUGCUGUCAGAACAAGGCGAUGUGAAGCUGGCAGACUUCGGAGUGGCGGGCCAGCUGACUGACACCCAGAUAAAAAGAAACACAUUUGUUGGUACUCCAUUCUGGAUGGCACCUGAAGUCAUAAAGCAGUCUGCUUAUGAUUCAAAGGCAGACAUCUGGUCAUUAGGAAUAACAGCAAUAGAGCUGGCUAAAGGAGAGCCGCCCCACUCUGAGCUUCAUCCUAUGAAGGUCUUAUUCCUCAUCCCAAAGAACAAUCCACCAACACUGGAAGGAAACUACAGCAAACCACUUAAAGAAUUUGUUGAAGCCUGUUUAAAUAAGGAGCCUAGCUUUAGGCCAACUGCCAAAGAGCUGUUAAAACACAAGUAUAUUGUAAGGCAUGCCAAAAAGACGUCCUAUCUGACAGAGCUGAUCGACAGAUACAAGAGGUGGAAGUCAGAGCAGUCUCGGGAUGAAUCCAGUUCGGAUGAAUCUGAUGAGGAACCAGAUGGCCAGGCAUCUGGAGGAGAUGACUCUGGAAACGAUGACUGGAUCUUCAACACCAUCAGGGAGAAGGACCUAAAAAAGUUUCAGAAUGGGGCAGCACAGCCUGCUGAGCUCGAGAGAAAACAGGUGCAGGAGAGUCCAAAGAGGCCUUUGUCACAAAGCUUAUCAACAAUCUUUUCUCCACUGUUUACUGAGUUGAAAGAAAAGGGUGAGACAAGUAAUGGCAAACCAGAGGCCGCAGAGGCACUGCGGGAGGCCAUUUUCCUGGCAGAAGAAACACACCCAGGGAUCUGUGACUCCCUGGUGGCUGAACUAGUACAGAGACUGCAGAGGUUUUCUGUGCCACAGGCAGCUGCCACUCAGUGAGAGGAGCGACAUCUAGCUCUGCUCUAUUUUCCCACCCUUGUGGCAGCAGUCAGAUCUUUUCCUCUGACCUCCACAGCCAGGAUGAAAUCUCCCAGGAAGGUCUCCAUCACUCAUUUGCCUGAAGCAAAUCCUGGCCUACUUAAUGUCUGUUUAGUACGCUAUUCAGGACAGUCAAGUGGCCAGUCGCUCAACUGCCACCUGCUGUAAGAUGUCCCCUCUCAAUACCUCCCUCACAACUGUCUUUGUUUUUAGGGCGGAGUUAGCUAUAUUUCUGCAAGGACUUACUAGUUUUGGUGAGUUUGUGACUUUUUUUUUUUUACGAAGGUCUACACUCAGCACCCUUUCAGAAAAAAAGUACCUUGCCUAAUUAAUCGUGUGCAUGUGUGUGUGUGGCUGUGCGAGAUAUCCUGUGAAACGUGCAGUGAAGAGUGACGAGUGGGUUGAAACAUUCUAUUGAAAACUCAGGUAUCCUGCUUUAAGUGGAUUGGGUCCUCUGGGAGAUGGAGAGAGCUCUAUAGGGUGGUUGUACAGACUUGUAAAUAAGCUAAUUUCUACAGAUUCAUGAAAAAAUAAUGGAGCGUUUGUAAUGGACCCAUUGCGUUUAAAAUGGCCAAAUGCAAACUGUAGAUAAUGGUUGUGAGGUAAAUAUUUUGAGAGACUAAAAUGGCCAUAUAUGAGAUUGCCUUGCCUUUCUACUCGUUCUUUUUGUAUAUCUGUCAUUUUAUUUCUCCAGUUGUAAAACUUUUUAAGUUCUCAUCCAGUGAAUGAAAAUGGCUGCCCUCUAUCAUGUUUUACUAUUGAUUUAUUAUGUAUUUCUUAAUUCUCUUUAACUUUUUUGGUUUCACACUCUAUGCUGUGGCUGUAAUAAUGUUGGAGAAUGUAAAAAAACAAACAAAAACAAACAAAAAAAGAAACAGGCUGGAUCCCUGAAGCCUCCACCAGUUGUAGACACUGGAUGUUUUGUUGCCAGCCCCGAUUCCACAAGGCCUCGAGUUUUGUUGGUUUGUAGGACUUUGCCUCAAAUUUUUAUUUUCUUUCCCUUCCCUCAGCGUGUGUUUUUGACUGGUUAGAUUAACUGAGGUUUCGUCCAUUCAUUCCAUUAACAGGGCAGUGCCAUCAUCUAGUUUAUGAAUCAGCAGACUCAGUUAGUCUUCCUAGGAGCUGCAGUGGUACUAUCUAUCUCCUCAGCGUACCUACAGCUUUAAUUGCACUUCAAGUAUAAAUGCCUUUGACUAUAAACAAAGUAGCCAUAAAACAGUAGCACGAGACUUACAGUAUUUUGCAGGUUAUGCUACCUGGGGAAAAAAAAUAAAUAAAAGGUCCACCUGAAGUCUCAGAGCUUGGACUCUGGAGUUGGUCAUGCAGUGUGAUAUUUACCUGGCUGUAUCUUUCCACUGGGACUUUAGAGAGGUAUUUCGGUUGUACAGCAAAAUGCAUACAGGCGUAGACUUUUCACCUAUGAAACAACACUGCUCUCAGAUGUACAUAUUCUAGCCAGGAGGUGUUCAGAGACCAGCGGCACUGCUACUACUUCUGACUGUAGUUUAAAAGGAAUGUGCAUGAUAGUAUAACAGUAUAAAGCCUAUUGGUUGGCCUGAGCAGUAUGCGUUGUAGCACACUGCUACAGGACUGGAGGAAUGUUGAGUCCUGAACAGAGUUGAAUCAGCCUUAGAGUAUUUGUGAUGAAUGGGAUGAAUAGUGUGAGCUUUAAAAUAUUAGAUCAAAUGUUUUUCUUUUGUUGUGAUUUCUUAUCCCCCUCCCCCUCUGGCAUUAUGCGGCAAUACCUUAAAGAGAAGUGAUUAAAGAUAAUCUUUUAUUCUUUGCCAGAAUAAUGUGUGCAUGAACAAAUGGACAAUUUUUUUUCUUCUCAGUUGCGAGAAGUUUUGAUUAAAUCUUUAUCAGGUUCAAAAUUAUUUUUGCCACUGGGCAAAACACGGUACACGAUACACCGGGCAAGUUAAAGAAAGAGUUCCACAUUUUGGGAAAUACAACCAUACUUUUUCUAGGAGAUUGUUAGACAAGAGGAUCAGCGUCUUCUAAUCGGUAGGUCCAUGUUUUGUUUCCAUCAAAGUUUUUUUGCAAACUUUUAGAAAGUUUGCAAAAUAUUCCUCACAGUGUAUUCGUAAAAACAGUUUCCAUCAAACAUUUUGCACAUGAAUUCUGAUUCGCAAAAACAAAACAAAAAAAUGUUUGCAAAUCAAAAUAGGUUUUUCCAAAGUUAGCAGUUUGAGGAAAAUUUCUAAUGCGAUAUUCUUCAAAAUACACAUAGAAGAUGCUUUAUGGACCAUGGCUAAGGUCAGCCAAACACACGUAUAUUAUAAAAAAAUAGACAGAGGGACUGAGUCAGUGGUUGUUAUGCCUUUAAGCAUACCCUGUGUUGUCAUUUUUUUUCUAUAAAUGGUACAAUAGUUUACUAAAAGAACAUCUUGCUGUGUUGGAGAAGACUUGAAACUAAUGACUGAAACCAUGAACUCAUCAGGAAACUGUUCACUGAGGUAAUGAAUCAAGUGAAAAAUAGGGUAAUUUUCUCAUAAGCUUAAACACAAUCUUUGCAACCAGCUUAUAACUAGAAAAAAAAUGACCAUCUAAAGAACUUUACGUGUAAUGAACUUAAGUUUGUCGGACCCAUAAGCUCCAUCUGUAUUUUAUAUAGCCAUUAUAUCGAACGACUAGAUAGAUUAGCUGGCUAGUUAGCAAUUUUAGCUAACUCUGCCACAAGGAUAUUUCCCAAAAUGUCAAACUAUUCUUUAAGCCUUUGCUUUUAUAUAUUACUUUCAAUACUUAAAUUUUUUUUCUGCUUGGUGAACAUGGUGGAAUGCACAUUUGAAUGAGGAAAAGUCAAAUAUGUUUAAAUGAAUAUGUAGAAACAGGUUAACCAAAUCAAAAGAAGGUACCAGACUCAACAAUUUCAAUUUUCACUGUUGUCCUUUUGUGUUUUCUGCUCUUCUGUGAACAGUCACUCAGUUCUCCAUUCGAACUCCUCAUGUCAAUUGUGCCAUGUCAAGUCCUCCAUCCCAGACUGAGAUAAAUUCAAUACAGUUUGCACCUUUUACAGUCUAUGACGACUAUUUUUCUUUUCAUGUGUUGCACUUUGCAGAUUUAUUUUGGUCUUUAAAAAAAAAAGGUACUUUAAAAUGCUACAAUAUUAUGUUGCAAUCACACCGUUUUUUUUUCUCCUCCCCUUUUGUGUGUGUGUUGUAUGGCAAUAAAGCAGCGUGGUCGCCAGGAGUCAUUUCUUAGCACAAGUAGGCAUAUAUUCUAUUAAACUAUUUUUGUAACCCAGAGGAGCAGUAUUAUGUAAUAGAGGGCGUAAAAGUUUGGUUCUGUGAUGUGUUCAAAUUUUCAGUAAACACUGGAUAGCAAUCACUUAAAAUGUACAUUUCAUUUUGUGUGACUUUGCUGACAGUUUAUAGUCCAGUAUACAUUUUUGCUAAUUCAGGACAGUGCUGUUGGAUUUAUUAAAAGUUGUCAAAUGAUUAAGGAAAAAAUAAAAAUCCAGUUCAAAUUUGG